UUGUUUUGCACAGAUUUUAAAGGAGAUGAUUUAGAAGAAAGUGGUGGCUUACCGACGAAAUGUAGCAUAUGUGAAAAGUCUUUCCGAGAUCCUGUCAUACUUAAUUGCCUUCACAUCUUUGAUCGGGAAUGCCUGGGGAAAUUUGAGAAAAACGACGGAAUAGUUUCGUUUAUAAAGUGCCCCAAAUGCGAAAACACCUCUGGAGGUUUAAAAACCCUUGAAUCUUACGACACAUCGAUUAUUGUCACCGGCGUUAGAGCUGGCGAAAAUUCGAUUGGUACUAAGAGCGUUCUUUGUUCAGUUUGCACUGAGGGAGGUGAAGCUCUUUAUAAAUGCAUUCAAUGUGCCGGACCUUUGUGCGAAAGGUGCCGGGAUAUUCAUAAGGUGAUGAAGGUAUUCUCGACGCACGAGGUUCUUGAUUUAACGAAUGAAGAGCGAUGCGAUCCAAAGGUACUUUAUAGAAAUAUGAAAAAUUCGAAGCCCGUUAUUUGCCCUUGUCAUGAUGACGUACCUUACUCUUUGUUUUGCAUGCAGUGCCAUGUUCCCCUUUGCAUUGAAUGCCUUGAGUCCGAUCACAGGAAUCAUAUCACCGCGCCAAUUGAUACAGUUGCUCAUCAUCUAGAUCCAUUGCUUUCCAGCAUAAUUGCAAUUUGUAAAAAGAAACAAAGUUCUCUUCAUGAUGUAUCACAAGCCCUUCACAACUCACUUUCAGAGUUGAGCUCUUCUAGGGACAAUACUAAAAACCAGGUAGAAAAUCUUUGCAAUGCCUGGAAAACUGCAAUUGAUGCCGUAAGGGAAGAUUACUUACGCAGAAACAGGGAUAUACAUGAUGAUAUUGAAAUGAAGAUAUGGUGUCGCGUAAAUCAUAUUAGCAAAAAUAUUGAUCACAUUGAUUUUGCAACUGAAUUCUCGAAUUCCUACCUCAGAAAAUGCUCAAAUUUGGAAAUGAGUAGACUCGCAAAAGUAGUUUUAGCUUGCUUUAAUUCUUUGAGCAAAAUUAACUUUUCUCCGGACAUACCCUCGCGGGUGCUGUUUACUGAGCCUUCGAUUUGCAUUUCUGAUAUUAUACGCAUGAAUUUCGGUACAUUUAGCCAUCCUAAUCUGGAUAAUGGCAAUUCCCAUAUCGAGAAUGGUGCUGCAGGCUGCCUGCCUCACUCCAACUAUCUUCAAUCUACUAAUGAUGUUUCAGAGGAAUUGAAGUGUCUUAAUCUCAAACUCGACAAUGAUUUUGCCCAUGAAUUUCACAACCUCAAUACUCGCGUUGAUGGCAUCAAUAUUAGUCCUACAGGGAGCCACCAUUCGGGCCGUGCUGCAGUGGCAUUGGGCAAUGGCUCUAUUGAUCCGCUUCUAACUCGUCCUGAUGCCUUAGCGCUUGUAUCUGGGCCAACAACAUGGGACGAAUUGAGUUCUGGUCUUUCAUCCAUUGAUCCCUCAGCUUCCGGCCUGACUCCUGAUUUUCUAAGCUCUACUUUAUUGGCAAAUAAUUUUACUCAAUCAAACCACAUGGCAGGAACUCUUCACAGCUUGGAUGGAGAUGCUUUGUCUCAGAAGCCGAAGGUUUCGACCCAUAGUUCGGCACUUUACGAAUAUUCUCGGAUGCGUACGGCUAGGUGUUCUCAGAUGAAUUUAAUCACUAAAUGGGGAUCACAAGGUAGUGAGCUCGGAAAACUAAAUGCUCCUCACGGCUUUUGCCUUGGCUUUGAUGAAGAAAUCGUUGUUGCAGACACCUAUAACCACCGUAUACAGAUAUUUACUAAACGUGGUGAUUUCGUUUGUUGCUUCGGUGUUUCCGGGCGAAGCGACGGACUUUUGUGGUACCCUCGGAAAGUGGCUAUUAUUCGUCAAAGUCAGCGUUAUGUUGUCUGUGAUAGGGGUAGUGAAAGAUCUCGUAUGCAGCUAUUCAGCAGAAGUGGUCAUUUUGUAAGAAGAAUCCCUAUUCGAUACAUCGAUAUUGUGGCUGGAUUAGCUAUUAAUCAGCAUGGACAUAUCGUCGCCAUCGAUAGUGUAUCACCUUCAGUAUUUGUCGUUUCGGAAGAGGGUGAUCUAAUUCGAUGGUUCGAUUGCAGUAAUCAUAUGCGCGAACCAUCUGAUGUUGCGAUUCACGGUCGCGAGUAUUAUAUAUGUGAUUUUAAGGCCCAUUGCGUCAUCGUGUUCCAAGAAGAUGGGACCUUCAUUCGUCGAAUCGGUGGUGAGACUUUGACUGAUUAUCCCAAUGGUAUUGAUGUUAGCGACCAUGGAGACGUUCUAGUUGGUGAUUCCCAUGGUAACCGAUUCCAUAUUGCUGUAUUUAGCCGUACUGGAGAACUUUUAAGUGAGUUUGUUUGCAACCAGACGAAGAUAAGUCGCUCUUGCUGCUUGAAAAUCACAACUGAAGGUUACGUUGUGACCCUUGCUCGUAGCUCAAAUACUGUUCUCGUGAUGGAUACACUUUACAUAUGCUGA